AUGGAAAAAAUGGAAAUGGUUUCAUCUCAUCUACCUCUUGUGAAGGACAGGGGAGAGUGGAAUCAACAGACAUUUAUCAUUCGGCCUAAAUUCGAAAAGAAAGAGCGACAAAGCAUCGAUAAUCAAUUAGAGAUACAGUUUCCUUUGCAUAGGGACUUCGACUUUGUGGCCAAUCAUGCCAUGGGUUUCAAAGGGAAAGGCAAUGUAGACUUAUUCAAGUUCUACUAUCGAUUGUAUUUGAAGAAUAAAUUUGCAAUUCAGAAAAUCAGAAAGGAGAAGAAAGUCAAAGAUGGAUUAAAAAAGAAUGAGAACACCAAAAAGUAGUAACUGAAUCAGACUGAAGAACCAAAUACGGAGGAGAUACGCAAUGCAUACAAAACAAUAGAGAUUAAACCACCCUCUUAACAGAAGUAACUGAAAUUUGUUAGAGAAUGCAUCAAGAAUUUAUAAUAAUAGGCAGCUAUCGUGAAUAAACACAUAGAAUUGCCAAAAUUGGUAUCGCCAUAAACUCAAGUCAAAAUAGUUAAUAUCAAUACAACUAAAAUUCCUUAAGCGAAAACAAGGGAUCAACAAUUGGAGUUAGAAGAACUAAUGCUGAGUAGAGUGGUAUAGGCAAUUCAAGAAUCUCAGGUGGUUUCUCAUGAAGAUGUAAGAAAAGUAAGGGAAAUCAUUGUGUAACGACACAGUCAAUUGAGUGAGAUUGAGAGAGAAUUAUAAUUGAAUCAAAUACUAGGAAUCAAGAAACAAAUUUAUGAGAGAGAAAUGGCAAUGAAGAAUGAACUCAAUAGACCUCCAGGCAUUGAUAAUCCUGAUAAUUUCAAUGAGUUGAGUUCGAUCUAAGAAGUAUCCAUUAUUAGAUCCAUGCAAUUCAGAUCAUAGCCUAAUGUAAGUGUUACUGAGUACAAAUUUAACAAUUAUGAAGACGAAUCAGAAUACAUGACUAACAAAACUAAAGUAGGGUUAAAAUAAAAAUAAGUAGAAGAAACAAUGAUCUAAGAACAAUCAACUGAAAUGCAAUCUAUUUUACAAUAGGUCAGAUCGACAUCUCUUGUUACAAAAGGAAAUGAGACUGAACACAGUAAGGAGAAGAUCUUAGAUAAAAAUAAAUUAUUACCAACCUUAAAAUUCUUAGAGUAAGCAAAAUAGUAGAUUGCCCAAAGAUCUGACAAUGAUAGUCAAUAACUCUAAUAACCAUACUUUCAACCUGAAAUUUAAGACUCCAGCAAGUCUAAGGUUUAAUAGAGUCUAUCUAUGGUAUCAUAACUACAAAAUAAAACAAGUAAAACCAUUAAAUCUAGUGCUAAUAGAUCAAAUAAAUUGGCAUCUUCUUCAUCCAAUCACCAUUCAAAUUAGGUAAGUCUUGAAAAGAAAUAAUCUGAAACUAUGAGAAGGACUGCUUAGAAAUAAAAUGAAGAACAGAAGGCAAAACCAUCAGACAAAGAACUAGAUGUAAGUGACGAUAUGAAAUUUGAGAGAUAGAAUUAUUAUGAGAUGAAAUUCAGUCAAAUAUUAUAAAGAGUAAUGGAUUAAAAGAAAAUUCAAGGAGGAGAAGAAUCUUAACAUUCUCAGACUCUCUCCUAAGUGGAAUCUGAAACUGUCUAAAAAAUAACUUAGAAUCUAGUAACUAAUAUCAUUAAUAUGCACAAAAAUCCAACUCCGAUUAUGGAUUAACCAUCCACUUUCAAUUUCUUAGAUGUUGAUUCUGAUGAUUAAGAAAAGGCAACAUAAAGUAUAUCUGUUAUGAAAAGCGAAGAGGUUCCUGAGGAAGCUCGCAGACAUCUCUCUUACAAUCGAGACAUCUCUCAUUUAGAUCAUGCAUUCAAAAUUGAGAGUCAAGUGUCACUCUCUGACAAAAGAUUGAAUGAAGAAUAAAUUGCUAAUAUUAUCUAAUAGAUUUCACAACAAUUACAAUAAGCUCAAAUACCUCCCGAACAAAUUGAAAAAUAAUUAGAUGAAGUCACUAAUAUUUUACUUAAACAUCCUAUUAAUAAGUUGUCAUCCAAAUUACUGAAGAAAUCAACGACCAUUAUGUAAAAUGAACCUAAUAAGAAGAUCUAUUUAGAGGAAACUAAGUUUCCAAGUAAACAACCCAAAGUCACACAUAAAUAAGAAUAAAUUGAUUACUUGAAAUUUUAUGAAGAGAAUGCUCCUUCUAAAUAAGAGAAAUCAAAGAAAAGUUAUAAAAUACAAGACACUUCCAAAAGAUCUAAAUAGUCUGCUAUGCUCAAAAGUAUGUCUGAGGAUGAACGAAAACAACUUCUAGAUUCCCAUAAGAUGAAUCUUUAGGAGCGAGCUAAUUCUUAAGAAAUGGAUGAAGAAUUGCAAUUUCUGUAAUCUGUAAUUGAUGAUCAAAAGAAGUAAAGGGAGCAGAUAUUCACUAAGAAAUAAUCUUAACCAAUUUAAUCAGGUAAGAAUACAUCCAGAGAAUAGAUUGAUUUCGAUGAAUCCAGUGAAAAAUAGUAAAAUACAUUUCGAUCUCAUAAUCCUCCAACUAAUAUCAAUUAUGAAACUGAUCAAAUUAAAUAAGGAUCAACAGAUAUCAAUUUCAAUCUCAGAAGACCCUAAAUUAAAUAAAAAACUGAUUAGACCUUCGGUAAAUCUGAAAAUACUUAGCAAAUUUAAAUCUCCAGUUAAUAAGGUACCUAAAGAUCAGAUCCUUAUAGAAGUAAAACUAAAAGAACUAAUCAUGAUGAAUAAUAUCAACCAGAUGGAUCCUUAAAAUCUAAUGGUACCUAUAAAAGCAACAGGUUUGGGAAUAGAGAGAGCAGUGAUAAAGACCAUGAAAAAUUAGAAGUGUACUCUCCAAAUAUAUCAGUUGAAGAAGUACCUCAUUAAGAUGAAUAAGACUCAUUAACAGACAAAGAGGAAGAGUUAUUUUUGGAGGAAAUCUAGCAAUAAAUUGAUGAAAAUGGAAAUACUGUCAAUGUAGUCACAAAGAGAACUAUGAAAGCAGUGAGUGAAAGGUCAAAGAAGUCAGAUCCUAAAUAAAGUGAAAGGUCAAAAAAAUCAAAAUAAUCAGAUUAGUAAUAACAAUAACAAUAACAUUAGCUAUAGGCCAAUAGAUAAAAUCCAAGAGAAAAAACACAAUAAUCGUAGUAUAAGGAAUAGGAGUAACAUUAGGAUUAAUAGUAAAAUUAAGAAUAACACUUAGUACAAUAACAUAAGUAAAUAACAAAUUAAUAAUAAUAAUAAAAUUAUCAAGAAUCAGCUAAUAACAAUAACAAUGAAGAUAGAUAAAUUAAAUUAAAUUUUCAAAGAUAGGAUAGUAAUUAAAAUAUUGCUGAGCACUCUUAAAAUUAAUAGAUUUAUUCUUAGCAAUUGAGAAAUAGAACUAAUUUGUAAGAUAUUCAAUUGAAAAACUAUUCGCCCUCACAAAAUUAAUCAUUAGUUAAUAGUAGUGGAACACCUUAAUAAAAUAAUACUCCUCUUUAACAGCCUGGCAGAAAGCAAGGGAGUAAGAAGACAAAGUUUGAAGAUUAAAGUAGUAAUAAUAACAAUGGUAACACUCCGUAGGCAAAAUUAUAGAGAGUGAAGACCAAAUUGUCAAGAUUUUAGGAGGCUGCCAAUAAUAAUGAUGAUGAAGACUACGAUUAUGAUUGGGAUGAGGAGGAUCCAAGCAAUAAGAAGAAGAAAAACACAUCAAAAUCUAGUAAAUCCACUUUGAGAAAUGACAUUCAAUCUCCAUCUGUUUCUCCAAUGGCCAAGUAGGCUACAAUAGCAAAGAAGAAGGUUUAUGAUCUAAAAUAGGAAUACGAACUAAUUGCUAGACAGAAUUUGAGUUUGGCAGAUCUCAAGAAGGAUAUUGAAAAGAAGAUCACUUAAUUAUAGAAUCCCGAUGAUGAAGCCAAGUAUAAUAUUUAUCUUUAUGAGUAACGUUAAAAGCAAUUGAAGAAUAUACCUUAAACAAUUGAAGGAUAAAUAAAUGAAAAGAGGGAGAAUGAAGAUGGCUGUGGCGAUACCAUACGUAAAUUUCAUGAGAAUCGAAUGAGAUAUAAGGAUGUAAUAGAGAAGGAUCAGGCACUUAAAUUUACUAAUCAAAUUCAAUUGGAUGAUGAAUAGCAAACUCAGAUCAAUACACAAUCUCACCUUGAUGAAUAUAUGAGAGAAGUGUAGAUGAAUAUUUAAAGAAUGAUUCAAUAAGUGCAAUUAGAGCAAAUGAGGGAUCAUCCUGAGGUUAGAAAGGAGUGUUUCGAAUACGAUACAAGCAUCAUUUAAUAAAGGAAAAUGGAAUCAUUGGCAAGUGAAAUAGUGUAGACUCAAGCACAAAUGCAAAUCUAUGAGGAACCUACUUAAGAGACUCAGAGAAAGACUGAGCGUUUGGAAUAGGAUUCGGUAAUGACAAAUUAGAUUGACAAAAAAUUUGACAUUUUGGCACAGAAAUUACGAGCAUUGAAAUACAAGAAUCCAGAGAGAUUUAAUUAAAUUGUAAAUACAGAGAUUGUAAAAUCAGAUUUAUUUUUGUCAACUACCAAACACAAAUAUAUUUUAGAAUGA